UGCAGAGAAAGCAGCGGCCGCGGCGGCAGCAGAAAAAAGUUCAGUCCGGAGGAAUAUGGGCAACUUUCACUGCAGCUCGCUGGCUUUUCUUCUCCAUGUGAGCAGGAUCCGGACAUAAACAAGACCAAAGGAGCCUGAUCCACAACAACAGCACCGCUUUUCCUUGGAUUUGGGGAUUCUCACUCUUUUGGAUUUGCUGCGCUCUUUUUUUUUUUUCUUAGAAUAAACCCAAAGGGAGGGAGGUUUGUUUCCACGGCAAAAACAAACAAAACCACCCAAAAAAUGUGUCGGUCCGCGCAGCGUGGCAGGGUCGCGGGCUGCGCCGUGCUGCUGCUGCUGCUCCUCCGGACGCACGGCGGAUGGGGGGCACACGGAGGGUCGUGUCCCGCCGCCUGCACAUGUCUCGGGGAGAUUGUGGACUGCAGCCGGAUAAAAAGAGGACGGAUCCCGGAGUCGGUCCCGGACUGGGCCGUUCAGCUGGACCUGAGCCAUAACAAACUGCAGCUGCUCGACGGCACUUUGUUUUCCAACCUGCAGCAUCUGAGCGAAGUGAAGCUGAACAACAACGAGCUGGACUCGAUACCUGACUUGGGCCCGCACGCCUCCAACAUCACCGCGCUCGUCCUAGCAAACAACAGGAUCACCAGGAUCAGUGAGGAGCAGCUGAGGCCCUUCGUCGCCCUGGAAACACUCGACCUCAGCAACAACAACAUCGUGGAGAUCAAGGCCGACUCGUUCCCCGCGCUGCCGCUCAAGAACCUGUUCCUCAACAACAACCGCAUCUCGUCUCUGGAGGCGGGCUGCUUCGUCAACCUGUCCAGCAGCCUGCAGGUCCUCCGCCUCAACCGCAACCGCCUGUCCAGCAUCCCCGCCAAGAUCUUCCAGCUGCCCAGCCUGCAGCACCUGGAGCUGAGCAGGAACCGGGUCCGCCGGGUCGAGGGCCUCACCUUCCACGGCCUGCACGCCCUGCGCUCCCUCCGGAUGCAGAGGAACGGCCUCAGCCGCCUGAUGGACGGAGCCUUCUGGGGCCUCAGCAACAUGGAAAUACUGCAGCUGGACUACAACAACCUGACGGAGGUGAGUAAGGGUUGGCUGUACGGCCUGCUGACUCUGCAGCAGCUCCACCUGAGCCACAACGCCAUCAGCAGGAUCCGAGCCGACGCCUGGGAGUUCUGCCAGAAGCUCAGCCAGCUCAACCUGUCGUCCAAUCAGCUGUCCCGGCUGGAGGAGUCGAGCUUCGUCGGCCUCAGCCUGCUGGACGAGCUCCACAUCGGAAACAACCGAGUCAGCUUCAUCGCAGACGGAGCUUUCCGCGGCCUGUCGCACCUGCAGACGCUGGACCUCCAAAAUAAUGAAAUCUCCUGGACCAUCGAGGACAUGAACGGGCCCUUCUCCGCCUUGGACAAGCUGAAGAAUCUGUUUCUGCAGGGGAACCAGAUCCGGUCGGUCACCAAGAAGUCCUUCUCCGGCCUGGACAUGCUGGAGCACCUAGAUUUGAGCAACAACGCCAUCAUGUCGGUCCAAGGGAACGCCUUCUCUCAGAUGAAGAAACUGGACGAGCUGCGUCUGAACACGUCCAGCCUGCUGUGUGACUGCCAGCUCAAGUGGCUUCCCGUCUGGGUGGCGGAGCGAGACUUCCUGCCCCACGUCAACGCCAGCUGCGCCCACCCACAGCCGCUGAAGGGCCGCAGCGUGUUCGCCGUCAGCCAGGACGAGUUCGUGUGUGAUGACUUCCCGAAGCCCCAGAUCACAGUCCAGCCCGAGACGCAGUCGGCCAUCAAAGGCACCAACGUGACGUUCAUCUGCUCGGCGGCGAGCUCCAGCGACUCCCCGAUGACGUUCGCGUGGAAGAAGGACAACGAGGUGCUGAACGACGCCGAGAUCCACAACCAGGCCCACCUUCGGGUGCAGGGCGGAGCGGGGGGCGAGACGGAGGUGACGGAGUACACGACCACCCUGCAGCUCCGCAGCGUGGAGUUCUCCAGCGAGGGAAGGUACCAGUGCGUCAUCUCCAACCACUUCGGAUCGUCCUACUCCACCAAGGCCAAGCUCACCGUCAACAUGCUUCCCUCCUUCACCAAGAUGCCGAUGGACCUGAGUAUCCGAGCCGGAGCCACGGCCCGGCUGGAGUGCGCCGCCGUCGGCCAUCCGUCCCCUCAGAUCGCCUGGCAGAAAGACGGAGGCACCGACUUCCCCGCCGCCCGUGAGCGCCGCAUGCACGUCAUGCCCGAGGACGAUGUCUUCUUCAUCGUGGAUGUCAAGACCGAAGACAUUGGCGUUUACAGCUGCACGGCUCAGAACACAGCCGGGGCCAUUUCGGCUAAUGCCACGCUAACUGUUCUGGAAACGCCGUCCUUCCUGCGGCCCCUCAUGGAUCGCACUGUGGCCAAGGGUGAAACCGCCGUCCUGCAGUGCAUUGCCGGUGGCAGCCCACCUCCAAGGCUGAACUGGACCAAAGACGACAGCCCGCUGCUGGUGACCGAGCGCCACUUCUUCGCUGCAGCCAACCAGCUCCUCAUCAUCGUGGACGCGGCAGAGGCCGAUGCAGGGAAAUACACCUGCGAGAUGUCCAAUGCGCUCGGCACCGAGAGGGGCAACGUCCGGUUGGCGGUCAUACCCAACCCUAACUGCGACUCCGGGGUGCCGAACGGCGUGGGGGUCAGUGCAACGGGUGUGGCAGGAUCGGACGAGGAUGGUUGGACCACGGUGGGCAUUGUCAUCAUUGCGGUGGUGUGCUGCGUGGUGGGCACGUCGCUAGUGUGGGUAGUCAUCAUCUACCACACCCGCCGACGCAAUGAGGACUGCAGCGUCACCAACACAGAUGAAACCAACCUGCCUGCCGAUAUCCCGAGCUACCUGUCGUCCCAGGGAACGCUGGCUGACCGACAGGACGGAUACAUCCCGUCGGAGAGCGGCAGCAGCCACCAGUACAUCGCUUCGUCAAUCAGCGGCUUCUACCUGCAGCCUAAAGACAUGAACGGUCUUUGUCAGCUGGACACAGGAAGCGAAGCAGACAUUGAAGCAGCCAUCGAUCCUCUGCUCUGCCAUUACCAAGGUCCGAUCGGCUCACUGCUUCGCCGGGACAACCUGUACCCCGCUGACCCGUCCGAGGCCUUCACAGGCUGUUCCAUCGACCAAAGGCCCAUCUGCAUCGACUCCUACAGUGGCAGUCUGACCACCUCCAGAAGAAAGGACUACUUACCGUGCGGCGGGGCGCUGUCAGACCCGUUCGACCUCUGUUCCUCCAGCAUCCUGAUGCAGCUCCCUAAUGCCAGUCUCCACCGCGGAUCCCUCCACCCGCACGCUGACCGCCGCCCGUCCACAGAUGAGGUCGACGGGACCGACUACGUCCGGCCUCACGAGCGAGUUUCGCCUUCCAGCACUUUCAUGGGAACAUUUGGGAAAGCUCCCUGGAGGCCUCAGCAGGACCUGUAUCCAGGGUUUGGGCCACCGCCGGCCGCGCCUAACAGUAUAACUCUACAUGAGAACCUGUACGCAGCGCUGGACGCCGAUUCAGACCACGAGGGGAACCGAAACAACAAGGACUCUGGGUCAGAGCGGAGCACCGGGGUUUACGAGCAGCCGUUUGACAGCAGCAGGACUGAUCCCGUCCCGCACGGCAGGACGAGCACGUAGCCGAAAACAGGCACGACAAAAAGCACAGAGCUUCUGCUUGCUCGUUUUUCAUGAAGACAACGACCAAAAAAAAAAAACAAAAAAACAUUUCUACCUCACUGAAAAGACUUUUUUUUGCAAAAAAGGACUCUGCAAAUGUGCAACGAGUGAAUGUAAA